ACAAGAUGAACGUCCUGCUGCUGCUCUUCUUUAAAAAUGAACAAACACCCCAAAUCAAACAAUGGAGGGUCAUCUUGUCCGCGACCAGGAAGUGAUGCUUAUUUUCCUGAGGAAGCUGAAGGAGGUUUUUGAUGUCUGUGACGACGAUGACGACGGAUUUAUUCAAGUCACUCAUUUGCUGCAUUUUGCUCAUCAGUUUGGACAAGAAGAGGAGGUGAAGACCUUCAUCGGCUUCCUGAAUCCUUACACUCACGGGAAGCUUCAUUUCAAAGACUUUUGUCGUGGUGUGUUCGCCAUCAAAGGUUACGAAGAGAUAUUAAAGAUGGUUUUGAGUCCUCGCAGGCUGACGUCUCAGCAAGCAGUUCUGACGGGACAGUUUCUUACCCGAGCCAGCCUUCCCUAGAACACAGUGGUCAUGAUGAAGAAGGUGGUGGAAAUGAGGUGUGUGAAAUGGAAAAGUGCAGUGAAAAUGACAACAUGGCAGACAUUCUGGAGCCGGCAUGGCAGAAGUGUGAGGAGCAGUUUGAAGACUACGGGGAAGGAGACGACGUAGAGUACACUCCAAGCAGCCCGACACCUGACCAGGACAGCCAAGCUCCUUCGGGAUCCUCCCACCCACCAAGUGGUGGACACACACCUCAGCGCCAACUGUACACAAGCGAGCUGCUGGACAUUUACUGUUCCCAGUGCUGCAAGAAAGUCAAUCUGCUCAAUGAUCUGGACGCCCAUCUUCAGAACGUCAAGGCCAGCAGCCCAAACAGGAAGAUAACCAGCACAGCAUUUGGACGUCAGCUGUUCCAGGCCAACCACAGCGUGUUGGAUUGCAGUCAGGGAAGCACCGAAGAUCUGUUAGCCGACAACUGUGAUCUCAACAUCACUCACAAGGUGAGUUAUCUGGAGAAGAAGGUGACAGAGCUGGAGAGCGACAGUCUGGCCAAUGCAUACCUUAAAUCUAAACUCAAACAAGAAAACACCAGACUUGUUCAUAGGGUGCAUGAACUAGAGGAGUUUACGAAGGAUGUGGAGGCCAAAGCAGAUGAGAGUCUGGAGGAAGAGACUAAGAGACACUCAGAUGUUUACUACAAGAUGGAGGGAGAGAGAAACACGGAGAUAGACUUCCUGUGUAACAGGAUCCAGCAGUUGAAGGAAGAGAAUGAUCACAUGAAAACAAAUGUGAGCAGGUUAAGGUCUCGGACGGAGAAACUGGACCAGGAGAAGCAGAAAAAGAUGGACAAACUGGAGGAUACCAGCCUGAGACUAAAAGACGAGGUGGACACACACAGAAGGAUUAUGGCUAAACUUUGGCAAAACCGCCGUGAGUUUCAUAAGGAAAAAGAAUCCAUGCAAGAGCUCGUUGAUGAUCUACGCAAAGAACUGGACUACUUGCAGAUCUUUCAGAGGGACUUGGAGAAUCCUGGGAAGGGCAAAGAGCUUUCUGAAUGCAACACCAAGCCCAGAGAGGUGGAAAUGGAACAGGAGGUCAAGAAACUGAAGCAGGAGAACCAUAAAUUACGAAACCAAAACGACGACUUGAACGCUCAGAUUCUGAGUCUAAGUUUGUUUGAGUCCAGGAGUUUCUUCUCCAGCCACUCCAAGGUGCAAUGUUUGGCUGCUGAGAUCGACAACGCGUCCAAAGAUGAGCUGGUGGAUGCUUCAAAAGCACAAGAGGAGAUCAACUCACGUCUCAGGAAGUACAUGGACAAAAUCAUUUUGUCCAUUCUGGACCACGACCCCUCCAUCUUGGAGAUCAAGUGUUAAGACCUCCAUCUUGGAAAUCAAGUGUUAAGAUUCUGAACCAUGAUCUCCAUUUUGGAGAUCAAGUGUUAAGAUUCUGGACCAUGACCUCCAUCUUGGAGAUCAAGUGUUAAUAUUCUGGACAACGGCCCCUCUAUCUUGGAGAUCAAGUGUUAAGAUUCUGGACCAUGAUCUCCAUCUUGGAGAUCAAGUGUUAAGAUUAUGGACAAUGGCCCCUCCAUCUUGGAGAUCAAAUGUUAAGAUUCUGGACCAUGAUCUCCAUCUUGGAGAUCAAGUGUUAAGAUUCUGGACCACGACCCUCCAUCUUGGAGAUCAAGUGUUAAGAUUCUGGACCAUGACCCUUCCAUGUUGGAGAUCAAGUCUUAAGAUUCUGGACCAUGAUCUCAAAUGAGAUCAAGUGUUAAGAUUCUGGACCACAACCCUUACAUCUUGAAGAUCAAGUGAUACAAUUCUGGACCACGAUCCCUCCAUCUUGGAGAUCAAAUGUUAAGAUUCUGGCCCAUGAUUUCCAUCUUGGAGAUCAAUUCUUAAAAUUCUGGACCACGACCCCUCCAACUUGGAGAUCAAGUGUUAAGAUUCUGGACUAUGACCUCCAUCUUGGAGAUCAAGUGUUAAGAUUCUGGACAACGGCCCCUCCAUCUUGGAGAUCAAGUGUUAAGAUUCUGGACCAUGAUCUCCAUCAUGGAGAUCAAGUGUUAAGAUUAUGGACCACGACCCUCCAUCUUGGAGAUCAAGUGUUAAGAUUAUGGACAAUGGUCCCUCCAUCUUGGAGAUCAAGUGUUAAGAUUCUGGACCAUGAUCUCCAUCUUGGAGAUCAAGUGUUAAGAUUCUGGACCAUGAUCUUCAUCUUGGAGAUCAAGUCUUAAGAUUCUGGCCCAUGAUCUCCAUCUUGGAGAUCAAGUCUUAAGAUUCUGGACCACGACCACUCUAACUUGGAGAUCAAGUGUUAAGAUUCUGGACCAUGACCCCUCCAUCUUGGAGAUCAAGUCUUAAGAUUCUAGACCAUGAUCUCAAAUGAGAUCAAGUGUUAAGAUUCUGGACCACAACCCUUAUAUCUUGGAGAUCAAGUGAUACAAUUCUGGACCACGACCCCUCCAUCUUGGAGAUCAAGUGUUAAGAUUUUGGCCCAUGAUCUCCAUCUUGGAGAUCAAGUCUUAAGAUUCUUGACCACGACCCCUCCAACUUGGAGAUCAAGUGUUAAGAUUCUGGACUAUGACCUCCAUCUUGUAGAUCAAGUGUUAAGAUUCUGGACCAUGAUCUCCAUCAUGGAGAUCAAGUGUUAAGAUUAUGGACCACGACCCUCCAUCUUGGAGAUCAAAUGUUAAGAUUAUGGACAACGGCCCCUCCAUCUUGGCGAUCAAGUGUUAAGAUUCUGGACCAUGAUCUCCAUCUUGGAGAUCAAGUGUUAAAUUCUGGACCACGACCCUCCAUCUUGGAGAUCAAGUGUUAAACACACUGAAAAGGGGAACUGCACUUUUUUUUGGAAUGUUGCUUAUCAUUCACAAUCUUUACUUCAGACAAGAACUUAUAUAUUUUUAUAUGCAUUCUAAAUUGUAAAAUACAGCAAGUAGAAGGUGACUAACAACACAGCUAAAGGGAGUACACUAGUGUGUCCAUAAAGUUAUUUAAAAAACAUCCAAAAAGCACCACUAAUCCUCCAUUUACAUGUUGUGACCUGAAUAUUAACAAGUAAUAAUACCUGGGAUUUAUAUAGCGCUUUUCUAACUACCCAAAGUCGCUUUACACGUGUG